GCACCACCCGGCAGCCCAGGGAGGGGGAGGUCCCGGGCGUGGAUUAUAACUUCGUGACCGUUGAUCGGUUUAUGGAAUUGGAGAAAAGCGGCGCCCUGCUGGAGAGUGGGACGUAUGAAGAUAACUUUUACGGCACUCCGAAGCCUCCAGCCGAGCCCAGCGCUCUGCUGCUCAAUGUAACAGACCAGCUUCUGCCGGGCGCCAGACCCAGCUCCGAGGGCAAGAGGAAGCGCAACAAGUCGGUCAGCAACAUGGAGAAAGCCAGCGUCGAGCCCCCAGAGGAAGAGGAGGAGGAGAAGCCCAUCAUCAACGGCAACGGCGUCGCCGUCACCCCAGAGUCGAGCGAACACGAGGACAAGAGUACGGACGCUUCGGGGGACGCCGCCCCUCUGAGUAACCCGACGGAGGCCCUGUUGGACGUGCCCAAAGAGGACGGACAAUCCCCGAAGACGGUGGUGCCCAAACCGGAGGAGAAUGAUGAGCUAGGGCCGCUGCCGGACAACUGGGAGAUGGCUUACACCGAAAAAGGAGAAGUCUACUUCAUAGACCACAACACUAAGACAACAUCGUGGCUGGACCCGAGGCUCGCCAAGAAGGCAAAGCCGCCCGAGGAAUGCAAAGAGGAUGAGCUUCCGUACGGCUGGGAGAAAAUCGAUGACCCCAUUUACGGGAGCUACUAUGUGGAUCAUAUAAAUAGAAGAACCCAGUUCGAGAACCCGGUUCUGGAGGCUAAGAGGAGACUUCAGCAGCAGCAGCAGAUGCAAAGCCAGGGUCUGUCCUCACUGCCCCUUCCCACCAUCUACAGAGAAAAGCCGCUGUUCACUCGGGAUCCCACUCAGCUGAAAGGCAGUUUUUUGUCCACGUCGCUCCAGAAGAGCAACAUGGGCUUCGGCUUCACCAUCAUCGGAGGCGACGAGCCCGAUGAAUUCCUGCAGGUCAAAAGUGUUAUUCCUGACGGGCCCGCCGCAGCUGAUGGAAAGAUGGCUACAGGUGAUGUCAUUGUCUACAUAAAUGAUGUCUGCGUCCUGGGUACCACCCACGCCGAUGUGGUCAAACUUUUCCAGUCUGUACCCAUCGGACAAAGCGUGACACUCGUCUUGUGUCGUGGCUACCCUUUGCCGUUCGACCCGGAGGACGCCACCAACACCACCAACAACACCACCACAAUCAUCUCCCCGCUGGGCAUCAUGGAGCAGCGGCCCAUCAUGGUGAACGGCAGGACCGAUUACGAUACCUACCUGGAUUAUCUCACCCGCUCGUCGCGGUUCGUUGCAGAUCCCAAUCAGGACAACUCCCAGCAGCAGCUCCUCGCCACUCACCCAGGAGACACCCACUUGGACGGAUCGCUUCCCACCGCCACCGGCACCACGCCUCCCGACAGCAUCUCCAUGGCGUCGUCAGGCACCACCCAGGGGGAGCUGCUGACUCUGGCGAUGGUGAAGGGCGUGGAUGGUUUUGGCUUCACGAUCGCCGACAGUAUCACGGGCCAGCGGGUCAAACAAGUCCUGGAACCGUUGGGUUGUCCGGGUCUGUUCGAGGGGGACCUGAUAGUGGAGAUCAACAAGCAGCCCGUUCAGGGACUCACACACACGCAGGUGGUGGAUCUGCUCAAGGAGUGCGCUGUGGGAGCCGAGACUAGCCUGGUGGUUCAAAGAGGUGGAACAGGUCACUAUUCACCCUGGAAGACUCCAAAGCAGGUGCUGGAGCAGUGGGAGUCCCAGCAGGGCCCGGGCAGUCCCGCUCAGACCAGCCUGUCCACUCCCGCUCCCAUUUUCCCAACACCGCAUCUUCCCAGGGUCUCUAUCCCAGACUCAACCUCCAAGGCCUUGGCUAAASCAGGUCCCUAUGACCUAUUUGAGAAGUCCGUGGCUGUCUAUGAGAGUAGGCAGCCCAGCCAGCCGAGGGCUGUUUUUCCCGUGGACUCGUCAGGAGCAGAGUUCCAGGACAUUGAGGUCCACCUGCGCAGACAGAAGUCUGGGUUUGGGUUCCGGGUGCUGGGCGGGGACGAGGCCGGGCAGCCUGUGAGUUUGGAGACACGUGAGAAGAUCCUAAUCGGAGCGAUCAUAGAGAAGAGUCCAGCAGAUGUAGACGGGCGGUUGCGACCGGGUGACGAGCUGCUGUUCGUGGACCGGAUCCCCGUGGUGGGGAAGCCACACAGAUAUGUCAUCGACUUGAUGCACGCCGCCGCACGGAACGGCCAGGUCAAUCUGGUCAUCAGGAGGAGGACUCAGACUGGAGGCGAGUCUUGUCCGAAGAACGGCCAAAGCUCGGGCUCCGUCUCCACGCAGCACAGCUCCCCGCGCAGCGACUUUACGUAUGGGAACAGCACAGCCCAGGCUCCCGGCACCAACAUGGGCAACGCCACUGCYGUUUCAGACGGGACGUCAACUGCUAACGCGCAACCCAGCGACGUCAGCAUCAGCCGAAAGGAGAGCGAGGGCUUCGGCUUCGUCAUAAUCAGCUCGCUGAACCGGCCGGAAACGGCCACAACGAACACUGUGCCCCACAAGAUCGGCCGCAUCAUCGAGGGCAGCCCGGCCGACCGCUGCGGGAAGCUGAAGGUGGGCGACCGGAUCCUGGCGGUGAAUGGUCAGUCCAUCGUCAACAUGCCACACGCCGACAUCGUCAAGCUGAUCAAAGACGCAGGCCUGAGUGUCACGCUGAGGAUCAUCGCACAGGACGAGGUCAGCAACCCUCCAUCAGCCCCCACCUCUGAGAAGCAGAGCCCCAUGGCGCAGCAGCACAGUCCGAAGACCCAUCCCAACCCCGCAGCCUCCCAGUCCAACCAAGCACCGACGGAACCACACACCCCUGCGGUUCUGCCCAACCUGGUGCCCCAUCAGAGCCCGGUGACCCAGCUUCCCGCCCCUCCACCACAGACCUACACCCACGACGGCAGUUACAGGUCUGAGGUGAAGGCGAGGCAGGACGUGAAACCWGACAUCCGACAGCCACCCUUCACGGAUUACCGGCAACCUCCGGUAGAUUAUCGGCACCCUCCUGUGGCGGACUACAGGCAGCCGCCAACGCUGGACUACAGACACCCACCGCUGCUCGACUACAGACAGUUAGCCUCCGACACCAGGCAGUUUGCCAUCCCAGACUACAGAAUGCCUCCAGUUCAACUCUCGCAAGACUUCGACUUCUUCACGGUGGAGCUGGAGAAGAGCGUGAAGGGCUUCGGGUUUAGCAUCCGAGGAGGGUGGGAGUACAAAAUGGACCUGUUCGUCUUGCGUCUCGCCGAAGAUGGACCAGCCAUCCGCAACGGGAGAAUGAGGGUCGGAGACCAAAUCAUUGAGAUCAACGGGGAGAGCACUCGRGACAUGACCCACGCCAGGGCCAUCGAGCUCAUCAAAUCUGGAGGCAGACGAGUUCGGCUCCUGCUGAAGAGGGGAACAGGGCAGGUCCCAGAGUACGACAAUGCCUCCCCAUGGGAUGGUCGCCCUUCAGCCUCCCCAAGCCUGUCGGAAGUAGCCCCCCUCAUCGAUAGCUUCUCCACGCCAUCGUCUUCAUCUCAUUUGACCUCUGCCCCCAACCUUCCUCAUCUGCCUCCUCAGGACGUCCCUCAAGACGACCAGAGCCCCCAGAGAGCCGAGCUGCUAAUCCGAGAUCACAUCARCCAGGCCAGGAGAGCGGCUGCAGGCGGAGGGAGCGGCAGGGCCAAGAAGGAGAGUGGCAGGUCCACCCAUCAGGGGCACAGGGUGCAGCAGCCCACUGCUGAUGGGGAAGGGGGUAAAGAAGGGCAGAGUGAGCCGGGGGCUUUCGGGAGCUCCCGAGGAAGGUCCAAGGAGAGGACCGGCGGGGACAGCAGAGACUGCACUCACUCCCCCAGCAGCUCCAUGAUCCAGCACUCUAACGGAACCGACCGGGACGCCGCCGAGUGUUGGAGCGACGCCAAACCCAGGCUCAGGGAGCCGGAUCUGGGCGAGAGCCGGUCUAAGAAGGGCGGGGCGGCGGUGGCGGCGGGGAGGAGGGCCACGGUCUCUCCCGGGCCGUGGAAGAUCCCCGGCUCAGACAAGCUGCCGAGCGCGCUGCGCCCGGGCGCCUCCGCCUCGCUCAGCAGAUAACAGGCGCAGCUCCAGCAGGAAACCGAGGCCCUCGCGACUCCCCACCCCCUCACCCCUGCCUCCAUCAGACAGCAGAGGUGGUCUGGACCACGUGUUUAUAAAGUUUUAUUUAUAGUACUGUAUUUUAAAUUAUUCUAAAAUAUAUAUUUUACACCCACCACGUUAAAAACUGGAAAAAUCAUCCACUUUAACAGAGAAGAGCGUCGAAACUUUUUGUAGCGCGGCGAGGAAGGGAUUACGGAAACAUCGGUUUUGAGUUCUCACCAAGCUGAGCUGGACAGAAAGCAGUUUUAGUUUUUAAUAUUCUAUGAACUGUGCACAGUGGAGUCUAUUUUCUGAAGUGGAAUGUUUUGAAAGCUGGUUUUUGACGAGUGAAUGAAGCAGAGAUGAAACCCACUCAUCAGCAGAGCUUUGCCUUAACAGGGACUGUGUGGGCUUCAGUCCAUCCAAACUAAUCAAAGAGAUGAUUAUARAUAUAAUAAACAGAAACAUGUGGGGGAAACUGUGUAAAUAAGAUCAUCUUCAUAGUGAAGAACCUUAUAGAUGAGCUGAAGUUCUAGUCCACCAACAAACGAGCAAAGCGGCACUACAUGAACCUGAACCAUCAAAGUGUCUGCUACUGUUUAUUUUUUAUUAUUAUAAUUAUUAUUUUGUCAUUUAUGUGCUAAAAACUAAAAAAAAAAGAGAAAAAAUCUGUGACAGCGGUGUCCAGAAAGACGCUGAGAGAAGAAACAUGCAUGACACCAACAGACAGGAAGUGUGCCUUAGACUGACAGAGUCUGGAUUUUAUGUUCAAGGUUUGUUUUUGUACAACUACCACUUUUAAAUAAAGUUGGAAUGUUAUGUAAAAUGUAAAUAAAAUCAGAAUGCRAUGAUUUGCAAAUCCUCACCUGCUGGUUAAAGCUCUAUCAUGUAAAGAAGCAGCCAUUAUUCAGAAACUUGGGUUAUUAGAAACAAACAGAAUCAAAAGUUGAUAUUUUUAGAAACAAAACACAUCGUAUUAAAGAUGAUUUGGUCCAUGAGCUAUGAAGCCUGCCUCUCUGAUGGUAUGGGGGUGCAUUAGCGUGUAACGCAUGUUCAUCUUCUGAAAAGAUUUUUUUUAAACAAAUGGCGCAGUUUCUUAGUUUAAACAUGUUUUAUUGUGAAUAAAAUAUAAAUKUAUUGGAUUUGCAAAUCAUUGCGUUUUGUUUUUGUUUACAUUUUGCACCACAUCCAAAAYGUUUGGGAGCUGGAGUUGUACUUUGAGGGUUCAGAACAGGCUGCUAUACAACUCUAAAAAUGAAUAAAACUGUAUUUUAAAGUGUAA